ACCGCCGCCAGUCCGCCACUACCACUUCAUUCCGCUCCUUGCCGCCAAACGACUCGUCGCCGUUCAUCCGACCCAGAGACGUCACCUCUACAACCCGCCCGAUUUUAUUGAAAAUGUCUGACGACGGAACAGCAGUGGAAAAGAAAAGGGGCAGGAAAUCCGCCGCAAGCGAGGAGUCUCCUAAAGAAGCGAAGAAGCGCGGCAGGCAGCCGGUCGACAAGAAGGACAAGUCCGACGGCGAAGCACCAGCGAAGAGGGGCCGAGGAAGGCCGAAAGGCUCCGUAAAGAAAGGCGGCAAAGCGAAAGCAAAGCCUAAAACUACCGGGGGUACUGGAAGAGGCCGAGGUCGCCCAAAGAAGGACGAAAAGAAAGCCGACUCCGCGGAUGAUGAUGAAGAGGAAGAAGACGAAGGAGACGACAACUAAAAUUCUAAUCAACCACCUGAGGAGGAGUACAAUGUUUUGUGUACUAAUUUUAAAGUGUUAAAUCAGCAUAGGUUUUUACUGUUAGUGUCACAUGACUGCCUAAUUUUAUUGUAUCAUUUUUUAUUUUGUAAUUAGAAUUAGGAUAUAUAUUUAUUUUAUAAACCUAGUUUCAAGGUGUAAGUAUACAAGUGCAGUAAUUUUUAUCUGGAACUGGACAAAUUAAGUGGAAUUUGUUCGAUCGCUGUUUUAAAUUGGACAGCGAGGUGCAAUUUACCUCUGGUUUUAAUAAAUACCACAUCAUUUAUUUAAAUUUCAAAUUUACAAAUGGACUUACCGCUCUGCUAUUAAGAGACAUUUUUGUAAUGUAAUUGUUUCAUGAAAAAACAAUCGAACUGAGCCUGUUGUUCAGGCAAAGGGAGGGCCAAAAUUUUUUGUAAAUGUUCUAAAUAUAUCUGAAUGGAAUAUAGUAAAGGAAAAAAAACACAU